AUGUCUUUCAAAACCAUCAAGACCCGCACCCUAGAAGUAGGCUACUACGAGCAUGGCUCCCCAACAGGCUGGCCAGUUCUUCUCUAUCAUGGCUUCCCUUAUGAUAUCCACGCCUACGAUGAAGUCAUCCCUAAACUCCUAUCAAACAACGCGAGAGUCUUAGUACCGUACCUCCGUGGCUUCGGACCAACUCGUUUUCUCUCUUCACAAACCAUGCGAAGCGGUCAACAAGCUGCUCUAGGCUCAGAUGUAAUUGAACUGAUGGACGCCUUGAAUAUCGAAAAAGCUAUACUUGGCGGCUUUGACUGGGGCGGUAUGUCAUGUUGUGUUGCAGCUGCACUUUGGCCGGAGCGUGUGUCUGGUCUUGUGUCUUAUGCUUCGUAUGAUAUUGCCGAUGUAUCAGCUUCUCAAAUCCCAAACGAACCAGCUUUGGAAUGUUCGUUUUGGUACCAGCAUUUAUUUCAACAAGACCGUGGAGAAAAAUGUCUAGCGGAGAAUAGACGGUCUUUAUGUCGGAUGCUCUGGGAACAGUGGUCACCUACAUUCUCAUUCAGCGAGGAUUUCUACAAUCGUACAGCGGAGUCGUUUGAUAAUCCUGAUUUUGUUGACGUGGUCAUACACGCUUACAGAUUCUGUUUUGGAAACGCAAAAGGUGAUCCAGAGUUGCAGAAGCUGGAGGAUGUUCUUGCUACGAAACCAAAGAUCACUGUGUCGACUGUUGCAUUGGAUGGGUUGAGAGAUCCUUUGAAACGAGGUGGUACUGCGAGUCAUAGGGAGCAGUUUGGGGGUAGGUUUGAGAGGAGAGAGGUUGAUGUUGGCCAUGCGUUUCCUAUGGAGGCUCCUAGGGAGUUUGCGGAUGCAGUUUUGACAGUCCAUGGGUGGCAGGCUGAGUGA